AUGUCUGCUGAUCUUGAUGAAAGAGUUGAACGGCAGAAUUUCCAUGUGCCCUGUCUUCCCGAUUUCUGGUUUACGAGAGCUCCAACGGCCCCCUUGUCCGUCAGUAUUGGACUAGGUCUUCAACAAUUGGGAGAAUCCAUGGUGCCUGGGAACCAGGAGCCCAUGUCCGCUGAAUCUUGUCCUUGUCCAGCGACAGAGUGUAUACCGGAGGAAUCACCAGCCCUAAGUAAUCUGGAUGAACGCCCCUUCCCUGCGAGGACUCGCGGCCUUCCCCAAGGCGGUUUCUCUCGCGCGAUGGGAUUGUUCAUGCAACCGUCUGCUAUUCUAUCGGAAGCUGACAUGAUCCAGGACUGCAUUCAGGAAGAUGACAGCAACAUUCAAACGGCCCCGAGCCCACGAUCCCAUUUCCCAUCAUUUGACUCGAGCCCUGGGUCUUCAUUGAGCUUUACUGGAUAUAGCAGCCAGCGGCUGAGAAACUCGCCAUCGUCGCAAGCAGAUGCUCGGCCAGUCACACCAGAUAUACCCGACGCUGAGGCUUCGACCCUAAGCCACCCGCACCAGCCACAUGUUGCUUCCGCAUUCGGUAAUUCAGAUGGGGCGGGCUCACGUGGUCGGUCUCGUCGAGCGUCUGGCAAUUGGACCAACAGCUCAUCACCUAGUCUGCCGUCUGUGUCGGAACUUGCUCAUCGGAGGCAGCUUAACAUUUUCGGGAGUCUCUUCAAUUUUCCUAUCUUUUCACUGACUUUGGCUGCAGGUAAGGCUGCGCAGAAGCGUAGGUUUGACUAG